AUGGAUUCAAUUUGGUUUAGAGUCAACGGUGUGAGACAUACCGUUGUUAGCUGUGAAGUGGAUUCUGACCUAACGUUACUGGACUAUCUCCGAGAUUAUCUGGAACUGCGAGGCACCAAGUACAUGUGCCGUGAAGCUGGUUGUGGCUCCUGCAUGGUCACCGUCAAACAAUCUCAAGGUCAACCGUAUGCUGUCAACUCGUGCAUGUUGACAGUGGUAUCAUGCCAUGGCCUCGAUAUUACCACCAUCGAAGGACUUGGGAAUAGGAAUAUAGGAUACCAUCCUUUGCAGACCACCCUCGCUAAGUACAAUGGAACCCAGUGUGGAUAUUGUUCACCAGGAUGGAUCAUGUCCAUGCACAGUCUACAAGAAAGCAAUUCGAACCUAACACAGUUGGAAAUAGAACAGUCUUUAGGUAGUAACGUUUGCCGUUGCACGGGGUACAGACCAAUCCUUGAUGCAUUCAAAAGCCUGGCUGUCGACAGCACUGUAGACAAGAACAUACAAGACAUUGAAGAUCUCAAAAUCUGCAGAAAAAUUGGAAAAGACUGUGAUGAACAACAUUGUGACGAUACGGAAUGGUGCAUGGUAAAAGAUGAUGAUCUCCUUAAUUCUAAAAUGAUACAAAUGAAAUUAAAAGAUGGAAAGUUUUGGUAUAAAGCUACAAGUUUAAAGAAUAUUUUUGAUAUUCUAGACGAUAAAGGCAAUGAUUCGUACAUGUUGUUAGCUGGGAAUACUGCUAGAGGAGCGUAUCCGAUAGAAGAAUAUCCUAGAAUAAUAAUUGAUAUUAAUGCAGUGUCUGAACUGAAAGGUUACAAACUGGAUCAGAACCUAAUCAUAUACGGUGGAGUGACGCUGACUGAACUACUGGAUAUAUUCAAACAUAUAGCAAAACAAGAAUAUUUUACGUAUUUGACAAAAUUGUAUGAACAUUUGAAGAAGGUUGCUCAUAUACCAGUAAGAAACAUCGGGACAAUAGCUGGUAAUCUGAUGAUUAAAAAUAAACACAAUUUCUUUGCAUCUGACAUUUUUCUACUGCUGCAGACUGUGGAGCACAGCUCACUUUAGUGAGCCGCCGUUCCAGAACUAAAACUGUGACGAUGGAGGAGUUCCUAAAAACUGAUAUGACAGGUUUGGUUAUCCUGAAUGCGUUGCUACCUCCUUUGAGCUGUGAAUAUAAAGUAACUACGUUUAAGGUUAUGCCACGAAGUACAAACUACCACGCGAUAGUAAAUGCAGGAUUUGUAUACCAACUAAAUAAUCAAAAUAAAGCUAUAUCCUCAAGAAUUGCCUUCGGUGGUCUAUCACCAUCAUUCACAAGAGCUUAUAAAACAGAAUCAUUUUUGACUGGAAAACAACUAUUUACAAACGAUACUUUACAAUCUGCUUUGAAAGUUUUGAGUGAUGAAAUUGUAGUUGUGGACAAUCCACCAGAACCUAGCGUUGAAUUCAGGCGAAAAUUGGCAUUAGGAUUGUUUUACAAGGGUCUUCUAUCGUUAUGUCCAGAUAACUUACUAAGCGCUCGUUACAAGUCAGGAGCAACAAAAAUUCACGACACACGUCCAGUAUCCAAAGGUGUUCAGUAUUUCGAAACAGAUCCCUCAACAUACCCUUUGACUGAACCUGUUCAGAAAGUUGAAGCUUUGAUACAAUGUGCAGGAGAAGCACAUUAUGCUGAUGAUAUGCCUACACUACCUUAUGAAGUACACGCUGCUUUCGUGGUCACUACUAUAGGAGUUGGUGAAAUUGUAUCCAUAGACGCAUCAAAGGCUUUAAGCCAACCAGGUGUUCUUGCCUUUUACACGGCAAAAGAUAUACCUGGAAAUAAUUCUUUUACACCAACCAAUGGCAGCCGGUUUCCAGUAGACGAGGAAAUAUUUUGCGAAGAAAAAGUUAAAUAUUGUAACCAACCUCUUGGAGUAAUUGUGGCAGAAACACGAGUUCUUGCAGAAAAAGCUGCAAAAAUGGUUAAAGUGCAAUAUAAAAAUCUUCGCACACCAGUCUUAGAUGUCAAAGACGCUAUCAAAGAUCCAAGUAGAGUUUCAUUAUAUGGUACCGAUGAUGCUACUGAUGUAGGUAAAGAUAUACAGAAAGUUAUCAAAGGUGGAGUUACAAUGUAUGCUCAAUACCACUUCUCUAUAGAAAACAUACCUUGUGUCAUUCGACCCACGGAGGAAGGAAUAAAAGUCUACACGAGUUCACACAGUGUGGAUUCAAUGCACGUAGGAAUGUCAAAAGCUUUGAACAUUGAUCAAAGUAGUAUCGAUAUCUACGUCAGACGCGUUGGUGGUUCUUACGGCAUCAAGCUCACUCGCAACAUCCAAGCAGCUGUCGCCUGCGGUCUAGUGGUGUUGAAAUUGAACCGAACGUGCAGGUUCAUUCAAUCUCUGACCAGUACCACGAGAUCACUGGGGAAAAAACUACCUAAUACUACCAAUUAUGAGAUCGGUGUCAACAAUAAUGGUGUUAUUCAAUACAAUAAUUAUGACUUGUACAUGGACAAUGGUCACAUUGUCAACUCCCAAUUCAACUUUCUUGUUAUAAACUCUUAUAACAACUGCUACGAUAAAUCCAGAUGGAAAUUACGCUGUUACAACGCUACCACUGAUGUCCCUAAGAAUGAUUGGUUAAGGGCUAUUGGAGUCCUAGAUGGUAUUGCUCAAGCUGAGCUAAUCAUGGAAAGAAUUUCCUAUGAACUAGCGUUAGAUCCAAUUCAAGUCCGUUUAAACAACUUGGACAGACAGACAUCCGGUGCUAUAGAAGACAUGUAUGAUACUCUUAAAAGUCAAGCGAAGUAUGAUGACCGAAGACUAGCAGUAGAUAAUUUUAAUAAACAAAACAGAUGGAAGAAACGUGGGCUAAGAUUUUCAUUUACUAGAUGGCCAAUGUCAAUCGUGGGAUACAGUAACACAAUAGUAUCGGUUUACCAUGGUGAUGGAAGUGUAGCAAUCGCUCAUGGAGGAGUAGAACUGGGACAAGGUAUAAACACCAAAGCGAUACAAAUAUGCGCUUAUUAUUUUAAAAUCCCAUUGAGUAAAAUCAAAGUCAAAGGAUAUGAUACAAUGUCGGCUCCAAACAGUACAGACACUGCUGGAAGUUUAGGAUCGCAGAACAUCGGUUUGGGUGUAAGUAGAUGUUGUGAAAUGCUUUUGGAAAGGCUUGAACCAAUAAGGAAUAGUAUGGAAGGUGCAACGUGGGAACAGAUAGUUGAAGCAGCUCAUACUGCUGGAAUAGACUUGCAAGCUCAAAGUUUUGUCAAUAGCAGUGAUGCUACUAAAUAUUUCUACAAUGUUUUUGGAGUCGCACUGGCUGAAGUUGAGAUUGACGUGUUGACUGGAGAAUCGGAGUUAUUGAGGGUGGAUAUAAUGGAGGAUGUUGGUAAAAGUAUUAGUCCAGGAAUUGAUGUCGGACAGGUGGAAGGUGGUUUUAUGAUGGGCGUAGGCUAUUGGACUUCGGAAAAAUUAGUUUAUGACAAAAAUACCGGAGAAUUGUUAACUAAUAGAACUUGGAACUAUGCUGUGCCCAUGAACACUGAUAUACCACAAGACUUCAGAAUCUAUUUUAAAAAGAAUUCUUACAGUUAUGCAGCCAUUCAUGGUGCUAAAGCUGUCGGCGAGCCUCCGAUGUGUAUGUCAGUAGUGGUUGCAUUAGCUCUCAGGGAAGCAAUAUCUGAAGCUCGGAAGGAGUCAAGAAUACCCGCUACCCAGUGGUUUGAUAUUGAUGGGCCAUCAACAGUAGAAGUCAUAGGGUUGUCAACUGAAACCAAAGUUUCCGAAUAUAAAUUCAAUUAG